AUGGCUUCUCAACCCAACCCCAAGGCCUUCCCUUUGGCCAACGCCCAGCUCACCAACCAGAUCCUCGACUUGAUCCAGCAGGCGCAGCACUACAAGCAGCUCAAGAAGGGUGCCAACGAGGCCACCAAGACCCUCAACCGAGGUAUCUGCGAGUUCAUCGUCAUGACUGCCGACGUCGAGCCCAUCGAAAUUGUGCUCCACCUUCCCCUCCUGUGUGAGGACAAGAACGUGCCCUACGUCUUCUUGCCCUCCAAGACUGCCUUGGGCAGGGCUUGUGGUGUCUCUAGGCCCGUCAUCGCUGCCAGUGUGACCACCAACGAGGCUAGGGAGUUGAACGCUCAGAUCCAGGCUGUCAAGAACGAGAUUGAGAAGCUCCUCAUCUAA